AAGCAUUGCCCGUUUGUCCACAGAAAAUGAUAGUUGUUGAAUGGAGAUAUGUUCAUUCAAGAUGCAAUUACUAAUAUAACAUCCUCAGAUAUAUGGAAAAACUCCAACUCUGUCAUCUUUAUAACAUGGGAUCAAUCUGAAGUUGACUUUAAGAAGUCUACCGACAGUUGGCAAUUUGUAACUGCAGGACCAGACUCACUCAACUUGUCAGUAGGAACCAAAUUAUUACCAGCUGAAGGUAUCUAUGGAGGAGGCCCAAUGCCUCUCAUAGCCUUGUGGAGUAAAAAGCCAAAUAAUCAUGUCGUUUAUUCGGAAAAGAGCAAUCAUCUGUUCACUUUAUAUACUCAAAGCAUGGAAUUUGACUUAUUUGGGAUACACAACAGAAGAAAUACAAAUCAAAACCUUUGAUAGCUUUUUUAGAACUAGUAGGUGAUCUAUUUCAGCUGCUUCUCUUUGUGUGUUGUCAUGUUUCCUCCUUGCAUUAAACCGCUUGCUGUUCAUGCUCUUACAAAAAAUAUUCGUAAAGAUUUUGCAAGUCCCAAGAUUAAAGAAGACGUUUCAAGCAUGGUGAUUUGCAGAUAUGAAAAGUUGUCAAAUUAAAGACAAAAAUUCGUUC